AUGGAGAGAGCAAGGUGCGUGCUGCUGCUGCUGCUGCUGCUGCUGCUGUUGCUGCUGCUGAGCGAUGAAUGGGUGCCGAAGCAGCAUGCCGACGCCGGACUUUGCGCUCGUGUCUGGUGAUGCACUCGAUACGAGCAGGGUGCAGGGACCAAGCACGGCUCGCUUCGCCUCGUACCAACUUUGUAGAGCAACACCAUCCACCCCCGCCAAGCAAAAGACUCGAGCAUCCGCUUCCCUUCUGCAAGUCUCUUCAUCCAACAGCUUUUCCAAGCUUCGUGCCCAGCUAGCGCUGUCUAGCCCACCGAUCUCUUCCUCGCAACAAAGCACCGUCACUUUCAUAGCAGACGGUAAGCAUGCCUGA